AUGCAAAAAUUACAAGAUGGAAUUGUUAUGACUAAUUGUACUGGUAAAAUAGUUUUAGUUUUUAGAGGUCUUGGCAAUAAUAUAGUAGGAGUUCAGUGGCAUAAUGCAAACUGUGAAUGUCGUUCAUGUGAAAUAACUCAAGAAAUGCUUAAUAAUCUGUAUUUUGAUAUUCAAGCAAAUGGUAGAUAUUAUCAUAUUGCAGAUUUUCAUUUUCAAGAAAUCAAACAAGCACCUACAAAAUUCACUAAAGAAAAU